CUCUGUUUACUGUGUAGUGCAGUAAACAUAGGAAUUAGGAAUACAAACAAUUAUUUUCAUUAGUUAAUAUAUUACUAAUAUCUUCUACAGUAAAUCAUUAAGAGAGUUAAACUUAAAUCACUCUACGAAUUAUAAAAGUACUGGUUUGUCGAUUUCAUAAAACGGAAAUUAUACUUGGCUGACUCCCACAAUUCAAUCGUUGUGCCUUAAAUUCGUCAACGUACCUAAAAUAAUUAAUGUAUUCAUACUAUCCAUUGCUUUUACCAAAUAUCAAUGUAUCUGCCUCUUCAUAAUGUGGCUAAUAGAAAGUAUAUUAUUAAAAUUCCGAUUAGCAGGUUAGGAUUUUUGACAGUGCUUUUACCAUUAAUUUCUUUUAUACUGUGUGUGCUUAUUACUAUGUAUAAAGACUUUGAAAAAGCUAAUAAUACUCAUUGUAAGGUACCAAAUGUAUUUCCUUCGAUAUCAGCAUCCAUUGGAAAUUAUGAACCUCAAACUACAAUUUGGAAGGUGUCAAUAUUUACCCAUGCUCCAUUAAGGUUUUUCAUUAUUUACUUGCGAUGGAGACAUUAUAGAAGUAUUAUUGCAAAAGAUUGUUUAAUUAUAGUAAAAUUAGCAAUAUGUUUAAAUGUUAUUGAAAAUCUAUCAUUAUUAGGACUAACUUAUUGGAAUUCUUUAGAUAAUUAUCCUUAUCAUGAAAAAUGCUUUAAAACAUUUAUUGGAACGUCAAUAUUUUACAUGCUCUUUACCUGUGUGAUGAUGACAAAAUGUAGACGAAGACCUAUUGCAUUGCCAGAAGAAUUAUUAUCGCUAAAAUUGAAAUGGAGAACGUUUUUCACAAAUGUGGUUUCUUUUGCACUUGCUGCAUAUUUCUUUCUGAGACAUAACAGUCAUUGUGAACCCUAUGUUUAUUCAAUGUUUGGAUUUACAGAAUAUAUUGUUGUUGUUAGUAAUAUAUUGUUCCAUAUGACAACAAUUUUGGACCUGAAACAGCAAUACAUUUAUUGUACUACAAAAGGAUUCAUAAUUGAAUGACUCUCUAAAUAUUAUUUUAGUCAUUAAUUAUGCAGAUAUUUAAAUUAAAUAGUAUUUUUUGUUUUAUAUUAAACUUAAUAUGCAAUAAACGUACAGAGCAAGAGUAACUUUACUUCAGGUUUUAAGUCAGUAAUAACCAAAAUCAAUAUUAUUAAACAUGAAGUGUAAAAUUAUUAACCUACUUCAACUCUACUUUUGGAUUUAAAUCUGCAAACUACAGCCACCAAUUAGUGAUUGAGUAUUAUUUUUCAAUUACUUGUAAAUGUUUUACUAAGAGUUGAGUGGUACAAAUAUAAAUGCAAAAUUAUAAUAUUUUCUGUGAUCACCAAUUAUAACUUCAAAUAAUUCAUGGAAUGACAUAAUGAAACUGUCAUAAAACUCAUUUUUGUCACCGACAAAUAAUAUUAUCUCUUUCUUUUUGCUAUUAAAAUGCAUGGCUUACAAUCCCAGCAUGGGGAAUAGUUAAUAUUAGUGUGACCCAAGUCCAUGUUUAUUAAUACAAAGUUACUUCUUGGAUAAACUGGAAGUUAGGUUAAAUAAUUGAAUAUCCUAAGUUUGUCUAAGGUAGGAUUAGAAUAUUUUGUGAUAAAUGAUAAAUUAAAUAUUAUAUCAUAAGUAGUUUAAUUAUACAAAUUUAGUAAUCAUUCUUUCCAUGGUGGCGUAGAAAUAUUUUAUUUUUAUAUUAUUGUAUAUUUUAUAGAUAAAUUGUUAAAGACUAACUUUUCACCCUAUAAAUAAUUUUACUGGGUUUGCUUUCCUUUAGAAUAUUGUCAACAACUUUCUAAGCAGACCUAUUCCAUGUCCUCUAAAUAAUUAAUAGAGAGCUGUUUUUACCUUCAGUUAUACUGCAAAAACUGAUCAAUGGGAAUAAAAUGUAUACCAUAACAUGUAGUUUGUUUCAGAGAUGGUUUAAGUAUAUAAUUUUAUAGUGAUUACUUAUCCGGAUCCUAUUUAGUCAAUAACAUUUCAUUACAUAUUAUGAAUGAGCAGGAGUGGGGUUACUUAAUUUAUAUGGCAAAACAAUGUUUGCAAUUUAAAACAAGAUUAAACAGAUAUAAUUUUUUUAAUUAAUGAUUAUAAAAAUACAAUACAGUAAUUAUAACAAUAAACAAUAGUUAAUUAUAAAAAAUAUACUGAGUAAUAAAGAUAACUUACAAAAAAUAUAAAUAAUCCUUAUUUUAAAUAGGCUAUUAUAUAUUAUUUACAAAUUAUCACAUUUUUAUUAAUAUUAACAUAAUAGAACAGUGGAGAAUAUUAUUUGAGAAAGUAUUAAAAUUGUGUCGUGAUUAUAAGUUAAAUGUGACUUUCAUUUUAUCAGCAAUCAUUUUUGCAAUUGCAAGGGAUGAUGUUGCGCCUGGCGAUGGUGCAUUUCUACAGUGCAGUACACGGCUACCAAUUGCACCGGACCCAGGCUUGGAAUCAAACACAAAGUCCUCUAUUAGAGUCCCUGGAAUAGUAAAAAAUAGUAUGCUAAAAGAACAGUUGGUAUGGUUGAAUUAAUAAAGCUAACAUAAAAAAAAAACACAUUAUUGACUCAUAACAUGUUAUUUACUAUGUUAUGAAAAUUAAAUAAUAGUAAUGAGCGGAAAUUUCAGGGUAGGCACAAAAAUAUUGAUUUAUAAUGAAAAAGUUAUGUUGUGGGUUAAGACUUAUCAAGGUUUAACUUAAUUAAGUUCUACUGUAAUAUUUGGCAUUUAUUAAAACUAUUGAGUGCAGGGGGAGAUUGCACAAUUUAAAGGUUGUCAUGUUAUGUAGUAAUUAUUGGGCCUAUUAAAUAUAAAUGCCAAACUAUAAUAAAUUUUGAAGACAUUAUUUUUUAUAUUACAAGUGACUUAUGACUAGAUAUCCAAAUAUUAUUAUUGUUAUGAAAUUUAUAAGUCAUUACUAUAAAGUAGACACAAUUAUGUCACAGCUAAUACAAAAAUAUAAAAUUAAAUUCCUUUUGUCUUCCAAAUAUCACAAAUAUUGAUACAAUCAAUUUUUGAAGAAAAUAAAAAUGUGAUAUACUUGGAAGUUAGAGCAUGAAUUGCAUUAGAAUAAGUUGGAUGCACAUUGUAUAAAUACUAUCCCCCUUAUUCAUAAUAGUUUGCUAACUUAAAGCAUUGCUAAUUCUCACUCUGUCUUCUUCUAUUGACUUAAGUCAGAAUGUGAAAAAACACUCCUUAGCGGCUGUUUAAAGUUAGCGGACCAUUAUGAAUAAGGGGGUAAAUCUUUUGUCUAAUAAUAAAUAUUAUUCAACAUAAUAUGUGACAUUUAUUGUAUCAGCAAAUAUUUUUGCAAUUUUUACCCCAUGACAACUGAGUAAUUUGCAUGUAGUGAAUAUUUUAUAGCACAAUUUGUAUUAUUUAAUAUUGUUUACUAUGUUAUUAAGUAUUAUUUCUUAUAUUUAAUAAAUAAUAAUUUUAUUCUGUUUCUAA